ACAAUAUGUUAGAAGCUUCCCUCCUCCUCUUUUGCUUUCUUCUUCCUUUACUCUUGAUCGUUUUCAAAGUCUUUUCUUCCGAUGCACACAAAUCAAACCCUUUCACCGUGAACUUCCGCUCAAUCUACGCCAAUCGCCACCAUAUAAUCCAAUGGAUAUCCGAAGUUGUCAACAAUUCCCCAACCUUGACCAUCAUAAUCACCCGUCCUUUCAGUCAAAACCGAGUCAUGACCGCCAACCCCGCCGUCGUCCACCACAUCCUCCAGACAAACUUCUCAACCUACCCGAAAGGAGAAAUGAUCCGUACAACCCUCUCCGAUUUACUUGGAGAAGGGAUAUUCAACGUGGACGGAGAUUCAUGGAAGUUUCAGAGACAGAUUUCCAGCCAUGAAUUCAGCACAAAAUCGUUACGCCAUUUCGUUGAAGACGUGGUGGAUUUCGAGCUCAACCAACGCCUUAUUCCGAUGCUAACAACCGCAGCUGCAAACCAUACUGUUCUUGAUCUCCAAGACAUUCUGCAAAGAUUCACAUUUGAUAAUAUAUGUAAAAUUGCUUUCGGGUAUGAUCCAGGGUACUUAACGUCAUCGUUGGCAAAACCCGAAUUCGCAGUUGCGUUUGAAGACGCCGUUCGUAUUAUCAUCCAAAGGUUCCUGGUGCUUACGCCGAUUCUGUGGAAGAUCAAAAGGUUUCUUAAUGUCGGGUCGGAAAAACGGCUCAGUGAAGCGGUAUCGGAAAUCCAGAGAUUUGCGCGGGAAAUUUUAAAUGAAAGGAAACGGGAACUCGCGCACAAAUCACCAGUCGAUUCUGGUGAUUUGUUGUCACGGUUUAUAAGCUACGGUUAUUCGGAUGAAAAAUUGUUAAUGGAUAUUGUAAUAAGUUUCAUACUCGCGGGUAGAGAUACAACCUCAGCCGCGUUGACAUGGUUUCUUUGGUUACUUUUCAAGAAUCCUGCAAUUGAAAGCGAAAUCGUUAGAGAAAUUAAAGAAAUAUCGGACUCCCCUGGUUAUGACGAAGUGAAGGAUAUGGUGUAUACUCAUGCUUCGCUAUGCGAAAGCAUGAGGUUGUAUCCACCGGUUCCACUAAACUCAAAGGUAUGUAUUGCGGACGAUAUUUUGCCAGACGGGACAGUGACGAAGAAAGGGACGAUGGUGACGUAUAAUACGUACGCGAUGGGGAGGGUGGAGAAGAUCUGGGGUGGAGAUUGGAUGGAGUUCCGGCCGGAACGGUGGUUGGAGAAGCAUGAGUUGACAGGGAAGGUAAGGUUUGCGCCCAAGGAUUCGUAUAUGUAUCCGGUGUUUCAGGCAGGUCCGAGGAUUUGUUUAGGAAAAGAUAUGGCGAUUUUGCAAAUGAAGAAGGUGGUAGCCAGUGUUUUACGGCGGUUUAAGGUGGUUCCAGCGGUGGAUGUUGGCAGUGAACCGGUUUUACAAAUGGGUUUGACAAUGAGGAUGAAAGAUGGGUUUCCGGUGAGGAUUGUAGAACGAUAAUGAAGAUUAAAUGAUUUGUUUUGAAUACUAUUUACCGGAAAGCCAUUAAGUUGAUAAAAUUGUACUAAGAUUUUGAUAUAAAAUCGUUUUAAUUGAUAUCAUCCAUUAAAAAAUAAUUGUAUCAUAUACUCUCAUAACUUAUAUUAGAUUUUUAUUUAAGUAUUUUUUUUUCCAAAC